GUUGCUCUUCUCAUGUUUAUUUCUGCUGCCCUGUAGCUUGGCUGUUCUGCUACAUCUCAAGACUUGUUUAAUCCUCUCAAAGAAAAUAAACCGCAUCUGCUAAGGCACCGUCACAACAGUGACAUGCAAAUACGCGUAAUGCAUCCUUUGUGUUGGACUAUAGAUUGUCAUAGUUAUUUUAUGGCCAGCUCAUUAGUUUGAUCGGGUGUUAAUCGGAUUCAUUCAUUUGGUUACAUUGAAUCGGACAAGCGUUCCUUCGGUUUACCAACUUGAGAAAUAAGUAACGGCGUUGAAAGUACACAGUUAAAUCAGUGUUCAUGCCGGAUUUUGAGCAUUUCAGAUUUUCUCACUCCAGAAUGAAUCCUGUAUUGGGGGAGCAUGUGUACCCGUUCCAGCAGAACCAGGUGACGGGCUUAUCGGACUCUGCGUCCUCGGGCUAUUGGACAGAUUCUGUGUAUGGCGCACCUGACCCAGGCCUUUUCUUGGGCGAACACACGGGAGAUAUCGGACAAGACUGCGUCACUGGAUUUGACCUGGGUGCUUUUCCUUCUUCAGGUACAUCGUAUCUGCAUUUGGGUAACUAUUUGCACCGGGUGUCUCCACCACCUCCAGCCGCCACGGCCCUGCGUAACGACCUGGGCUCCAACAUAAGCGUCCUCAAGACUCUGAAUCUGCGCUUCCGCUGCUUUUUAGCCAAAGUGCAUGAACUAGAACGCCGCAAUAAAGUGUUGGAGAAGCAAUUGCAACUAGCUUUAGAUGACAGUAACGACCGUGGAGAGUGUGUGCGCAAUAACAAGCCUUUAACUCGAGAUGUUGGAGUUCAAACUGGCUUCGUUGGGUUAAUUCCUAUAAGGCCAGACCUGAUAUCGAUUCAGAACGCAAAUGACUCCGCAUAUCUGUCCGGAGGCUUGCUGUCACCUAUAUUGAAUAACACCAUCCUGCCUUUCGAGUCCAUUAACAAAACAACCCUUGAAAACCUAAAUUCCUCAGGUCUGACGGACUCCAAUUCCAAUCUCACCCCAAACUUCCCCAUCAGUCCGGUAUCACCUAUUGACCCAGCAACAAAAAACAUCAGUAAUGUUAACGGCAAAUAUGUCAACAUUGGGAUUGGCUGUACCACCAACCCCCCACCUAGAGUUCAUUCUGGGUCUAUUUGGUCUUUGAGUAACACCCAGAGGUUCAGCACAGGGCGUGAGUCGCGCGUCGCGGGUCUAGGUGUGUCAUCAUGGGUGCCGCCGCCGCCUCCAGACGGGGUGGGUGUCCAAAUCGACACCAUCACUCCAGAGAUUCGGGCUCUGUACAAUGUGCUCGCCAAAGUGAAGAGGGAGAGAAACGAAUACAAACGAAGAUGGGAAGAAGAAUACACAAUGAGGAUGGAUCUACAGGAAAAGGUUGCAGAGCUUGAAGAGGACCUACAGGAGAGUGAGGUGUAUCAGGAUGAGUUGUCUCUGAGGGUUAAGCAGCUUAAAGCAGAGCUGGUUCUUUUCAAAGGUCUUAUGAGCAAUAAUCACUCAGAUUUAGACAGUAAGAUCCAGGAGAAGGCCAUGAAAGUGGACAUGGACAUCUGUCGCAGGAUCGACAUUACGGCCCGCCUGUGUGACGUAGCACAGCAGAGAAAUUGCGAGGAUAUGAUUCAAAUCUUCCAGCAAGUAGCCACACCUCCCUCAACUUUGACUCGCCACUCUCGAAAACCGGCACCACAGACAGUCAGAGGGAAUGAGAGUGAUGAACCAAUAAGCAUCUCACAGAGUGAGGAGAGCGACAAUAAGGAGGCGGAGCUGUGUGGCUCAUCAGCCAAUCAGAUCAAUGAGGAAAUGCAGAGGAUGCUCAACCAGUUGCGUGAGAGUGAGUUUGAAGAUGACUGUGAUAGUCUGGCAUGGGAAGAAACUGAGGAAACACUUUUACUCUGGGAGGAUUUUCCAGGAUGCUCCUUCAGCAUUGAGACUCAAGGGGAGCAAGAGGAGUCCAUAGAGAAAGUGAUAAAGGACACUGAGUCUCUUUUCAAGUCCCGUGAAAAGGAAUAUCAAGACACCAUAGACCAAAUCGAGUUGGAGUUGGCAACAGCCAAGUCAGAUAUGAACAGGCAUUUACAUGAGUAUAUGGAGAUGUGUAGCAUGAAAAGAGGGCUGGACGUUCAGAUGGAGACGUGCAGACGAUUAAUCACUCAGAGUGGAGACAGAAAGUCCCCUCCUCUCAUUUCGGUUGCUGUGGAGGAGGGAGAGAAUGCAGAGAGGGAGAGGAAGAAAGAAACUCCUGCAGCAAAUUCUGACUGCACUGAACCGUAUAAUGACAUGCAGUCAAACUCUGCUGUCCUGGACCAAACAUGGAAAAAGUCUUAAGAGCCUUUUUAUCCUUCUAGCCCCACAGUAAUAGCUGCAAAUAUAAAGCUAUGGCUGUGAUAAUUUCAAAAGUGAGAAUGUGAUAUUGCCACAAGCCUCCACAGUACGGAAGUUAUAGUUACCCUGUGAGAGGCAAGUAAUGUUGGGUGGUUUCACUAGUGCCCUCUAUUGGAAUACACCAUUAAUAUACCUUAAAGGGAUAGUUCACCCAAAAAUGAAAAUUCUGUCAUCAUUCUCAUCUUUAUGUCAUUCCAAACCAGUGGAACGCAACAAGAAAAUGUUUGGCAGAAUGUUCAGGAAUAACAACUUCAGUCUCCAAUCAUUUUCUUUGUAUAGAAAAAAAGUAGUGUCAACAUUAGGGUGAAUGACAUGAAGGUGAACUUUUUUGGUUGAACUGUUGCUUUAAACAAAAGCAAAUUGUGCACUUUCUCUACAUAGAAUAUUAUAAAAUUCUGCCAAAGAAAUUGGUGGCUGAUGUGGUAUCAGUAUUUCUAGACAAUUUUACAAUGUACUUGCUUGAAGACAUUACCUGCUCUUGAUUCAUUCGCUCACUAUUCAGGGGGCGGGGUGUUAAACCUUUGAUGUUUAAAACAUAAAAGCAAGUUAUUAACUGCUGGACAAGCGCUUAUCAGUUUGUUAUGCUUCUGCUACUAUUAAUGACAGCAAUAUAAAAUAUAUUUAAAUAGGUCAACAGUCAACAUUUUACAGCUGUGAAUGAGGUUAAUUUUGGGACCAGUAAUUAUAAUACUUUGAUUAAGCACUUUAGCAUGAUGUUUUUGCUUUUAUUUACUUAUUUUAUAGAGCUGUGCUGAAAUUGGUGUUGUGAAUAAAGGCCAGUGCCAAGUUGCAACAAACCCAUUUAGAAUACCCUUGAAAGUAAUAAUUGUAAGGGUAUUGUUACCAAGGUUUUUCUUAAGGGGUUACUUGCAAAUUACUUGUCAUUGGUCUUGUAAAUUGAUCAUUAACUACUGUUUCUAGUUUGAAGUUGUCUUAAUCUUAAGCAUUGCUUCAUUAUAAAAUGUAAAAAUGUCCUUGUCCGCUUACCCGCCAUGAAUCCCUUUAGCUAUUCUGUUAAAUUAGUUAAAUACAGUUGCUCAAAUAAAGUUAAUUAGAUUAACUCUGAGAGGGCCAGGGUUGCAAAAACAGUUAACAAUGGCCAUUGUUAAUGUGCAUUUGGCUCAAAAUAAAGUCAGUAUAAAUAAACACCCAAAUCAAAUUGGUUGGUUAGGUCAAACAGGUCAGUAUGCAGUGAGUCAUUAUGCACCUAUGCAUAAGUGAUGACCGAUCAUGUUAAGUGCUGCUGAGCGCAGUGCGUUCCAAAUUAUUCCACUCCUCUGCACUGACACUCUCUUAAGCUCUUUAAAGCGACCAUUUAUUCAUUGUGUAUUGUUUUGUAAUAUACAGAGCUUAAACGAGAAUUAUCAAUAGAAACUACACUGCCUGGCCUAAAAAAAAGUUGCAUACUCUUAUAUUUCGUUGGACCGCCUUUAGCUUUUAUUACGGCGUGCAUUCGUUAUGGCAUUGUUUCAACAACCUUAUGUAAUGUCACAACAUUUAUUUCCGUCCAGAGUUGCAUACAUUUUUGGCCGAGAUCUUGUAUUGAUGAUUGGAGAGACGAAGCACUCCGUAAAGUCCAGCACAUCCCAAAGACUUUCAAUGGGGUUAAGGUCAGGACACUGUGGUGACAAAUUCAUGCUCCCUGAACCACUCUUUCACAAUUUGAGCCUGAUUAAUCUUGGAAUUGCCAUCCUGGAAUAUGCCUGUGCCGUCAGGGAAGAAAAAAUUCAUUGAUGGGUUAACCUGGUCAUUCAGUACAUUCAGGUAGUCAGCUGACUUCAUUUUAUUGCCGCAUAACGUCGCUGAGCCUGGACCUGACCAAUUAAAGCAACCCAAGAUCAUAACACUGCCUCCAGAGGCUUGUACAGUGGGCACUAUGCAUGAUGGGUGCAUUGCUUUAUAUGCUUCCCUUCUUACCCUGACGCACCCAUAGCUUUGGAAUAGGGUAAAUCUGGACUCAUCAGACCACAUGACCUUUUUCUAUUGCUCCACAGUCCAAUCUUUAUGCUCCCUAACAAACUGAAGUUCUUUUUUUGUGAUUAGCCUCACUAACUAGUGGCUUUCUUGUGGCAACACAGCUGAUUUGUCCCAAUCCUGUAAGUUCUCGUUGCAUUGUGCAUGUGGAAAUGCUCUUAUUUUCACUAUUAAACAUAGCCGUGAGUUCUACUGUCGAUUUUUUACGAUGUGACUUCAAGCGUUUUAGUGAUCUCACAAUCAUUAAAAAAAAAAAAUCCGACCACAUUUCUUCCUCAAAGCUGACCACUAUCCUUCCAGGUUUUAAUAAUGCGUUGGACAGUUCUUAACCCAAUUUCAGUGAUUUCAGGAAUCUCCUUAGUUGUUUCCUUUGCUUGAUGCAGGCCAAUAAUCUGCCCCUUCUGAAACACAGUAACAUCUUUUCCACGACCACGGGAUACGUCUUCCAACAUGGUUGCUACACACUGCAUCAGUUCGGGUUAAAAGAAUUGUUGCCAGCUGAAACAUAUUAAUCACUGCAAUAAUGAUCCAGUCAUAGGCUCUUAAGUAUCUGCAUAUUUAAAUCCAAAUGGCAACUUUAUUUUUGGCCUGGCAGUUUAUUUUAACCAAACAGUUAGGAACACUUUUGAGUUGGGAAGAGAAAGUGCAGCUGAGUUAUCACUUUAAGACUAUGUCCACACUAAUACGUUUUUGUUUGAAAAUGUAUUAAGUUUGCUGCAUUUAUGCCUCUCAUCCACACUGGAAUUUCACUUUCGAAAAUGCUCUCUGGUAUCACACACUUUAAAAAAAAAAUGAUGUUACAAAACUGAAAAUGGAGAUUUAGACUAAAUGGUUUAUUAAAGGAAAUCGUUCAAAAACAAAAUGUGUUUCAAAUAAACCAUAAAUAAUGGACAUUACUUAAUCCUAGAGUAAUCCCAAAGAAAAAUUAACUGAUAAUUGUGAUGCAUUUAUAAUAAUUCAUGAAAUGUAUAAUAGGAUAUUGAUGUUUCAACAAAGGCUCAAACCUGUUUAGGCUUUAAACGGAUAGUUCACCCAAAAUGAAAAUUCUCUCAAUUUACUCACCCUCAUGCCAUCCCAGAUGUGUAUGACUUUCUUUCUUCUGCAGAGCAGAAAGAUUUUUAGUAAAAUAUUUCAGCUCUGUUGGUCCAUACAAUGCAAGUGAAUGGUGACCAAAACUUUGAAGGUCCAAAAAGCACAAAGGCAGCAUAAAAACCUCUCAAGUGGUUUCAUCCAUAUAUUCAGAAGCUAUAUGAUAGGUGUGGGUGGGAAGCAGAUCAAUAAUUAUUUUAAUUUAUUUUUUUACUAGAAAUCUCCACUUUCACACAUUCUUCUUUUGUUUUUGGUGAUUCACAUUCUUUGUACAUAUCACAACCUACAAGGCAGGAAUUUAGGGUAAAAAAAAGUACUUAAAUAUUGAUCUGUUUCUCACCCACACCUAUAAUAUCACUUAAGAUAUGGAUUAAACCUCUGGAGUCUUAUGGAUUACUUUUAUGCUGCUUUUAUGUGCUUUUUGGGGCUUCAAAGUUCUGUCCACCAUUCACUUGCAUUGUAUGGACCUACAGAGCUGAAAUAUUCUUCUAAAAUUAUUUGUUUCUGUUCAGCAGAAGAAGGAAAGUCAUACAAAUCUGGGAUGGCAUGAGGGAGAGUAAUUAGAGAAUUUUCAUUUUUGGGUGAACUAACCCUUUAAGUUUAACUGUAGUUAAAGAAAAGUUUAACAAGUGGUAAUGUGGACACUUUAGUAUUUAAUAUUUCUUUUUCCUCAGGUAUUGUUUUCUAAUGGUAUUGUUUGUGGGGCUACUCCAUUUUGGUUUCAUCGUAUUUUAAAACCACACCAGUAACAAAUUAUCAGAAAGUGUCCCACUUUACCUGUAUUCACACUAUUUGGUUUAUAUGUUUAGCAAAUUAUCUGUGUAUUACUGAUAAUUACUGUGAAAACAAACUAAAGGAAAAGCUCAGUUAUAAACACAUAUUUAAAUAUCAAGGUGCCUGAGAGAUUUUGGAAGCCUAAGUUUGGAUGUAGAGUGGCAGGCUUUGAAAGUCUGUUAUAUUGAUACUUGAAAACUAUUGCUGAGGUUCACAUUCACACUCAUCUUUAAUCAUUAAUAAUGAAUGCCUGUCUAGUUAAAACUCUUACUUGUUGCUAAUGAGACUGAAUAGUUGUAAUAGUGUAAGUUCUUGUAGAUGUAAACCAUGGGAAAAAAAUAUCUUCUGUAAUAAUUAAUCAUAACCUACAGUUAAUCACAAGGCUAACUCAUGCAGCAAUAUUUUUUUGUUAACAUGAAUGUAGUAUAUGAACUGCAAUGUACAAUUGAUGUAAUAUUUGUUACAAUCUUAGGUCAUGGGCUCAGUUUGUUAUAUCUGGUGUUAAGCAAAUUGGCAGUUAAAAGCUGGUUAAUGUAAAAGAGGAAAGCAUGUUAUUUAUAUGAUCAUGUUUGUCUGUGUGCAAUGAACUGACAAGGGAAGGGGGAAUUGCAAUAGUUGCACUGGAAUCAAUUUGUUGAUCAAAAUGUUGGAUUUGAAAAUGUUUGGAUUCAAAUUGUGCAGAAGGAUUAAUGACAGUGUGCAAUAGACUACUGUUGAGUAAAAAUAAAAUGGUUGGGGCCAUUGUUUGAUAUUUGAAAAACCAAAUUUUGUAAAGAUGGUCACAAACUAGAAAAUGAAAAACUUGUGUACAGAUAGAUGGUGAGAAGGACAAACUGAAAAUAAAUUAUUUUAGUGAAAAGGA